CGUUUUUUCAUUCUUUUUUCCUUUUGAUAUAUUUAUUUUUUAAAAUGCAGUCAACUACUUCAAAAGUGUUAAGAGCUACUAUCCGUCAAUCACCUAUCGUUAGACGCACCUUCCAACAAAGAUUCAACGCCACUGCUGUUGAAGCUCCUAAAAAAACUUUUUCCAAAUGGAAGGCUACCAAGAAUCUUGCCAAGGUCGGUGCAGUAGGUUUCGUUGGUUAUACUUUUUAUAGCAUGUAUGAACAUUCUCAUCCCGUCAUGGAUCCUACUCCUGCUGAUCCUAGUAAAAAGACUAUUGUCAUCCUUGGAAGUGGUUGGGCAAGUACCUCAUUCUUAAAGUCCAUUGAUACUGAGCUUUAUAAUGUGGUUGUUGUCUCUCCUCGUAACUACUUUUUGUUCACACCUCUUUUACCUUCCACCACCGUGGGUACUAUCGAUCAUCGUUCUAUCGUUGAACCUAUUCGCUUCAUCACUCGUCAUAAGCCUAAUGAGGUUAAGGUCUUUGAAGCCGAAUGUACAGAGAUUGAUUCUGACAAGAAGAUUAUUACUAUUGUUGAUAACUCCGAAGUGAAGGGUGACAGAGCUACCAGCACCAUUUCUUACGAUUAUUUGGUCGUCGGUGUCGGCGCCCAAAGUCAAACCUUUGGUAUCAAGGGUGUUGAGGAAUACGGUUGUUUCUUAAAGGAGGUUUGGGAUGCUCAAAAGAUUCGUACAAAGUUGAUGGAUUGUAUUGAAACUGCUGCUUUCCCUGGUCAAGCUGCUGAAGAAAUUGAGCGUUUGUUGCAUAUGGUCGUCGUUGGUGGUGGUCCUACUGGUAUUGAAUAUGCUGCUGAACUUCACGAUUUCCUUGCUGAAGAUUUAAGCGCUUGGUAUCCUGAACUUGUCGGUAAGAUCAAGAUUACUCUUAUUGAGGCUAUGCCCAAUGUUCUUCCUGCGUUCUCCAAGCAAUUGAUUGAUUAUACCGAAUCUACUUUUAAGGAACAACAUAUUUCUCUUCACACAAAGACUAUGGUCAAGGAAGUAAAGGAAAAGGAGAUUAUUGUACAAGGACCUAGUGGAGAGAAGGAAGCCAUGCCUUACGGUUUAUUGGUCUGGGCUACCGGUAACACCACCCGCCCCUUAAUCAGAAACUUAAUGGCUCAACACCCCGAGACACAAAAUAUCCGUCGUGGUUUGGCUGUUGAUGACUGGCUCAGAAUGGCUGGCACCAACGAUAUUUAUGCUCUUGGCGAUGCCACAGCUACAAAAUAUGCACCUACUGCUCAAGUAGCUGCACAACAAGGUAAGUAUUUGGCCCGUGUCUUUGCCCAAUUACAUGCUACUGAGCAAUACGAGAGUGAGUUGGAACUUGCUGCUACACCCGAAGAAAAGGCCAAGAAAGCCCGUAAAUUGCAAAAGGCCCAAGAUAUCAAACCUUUCCAUUAUUCCCAUCAAGGUUCUCUUUGUUAUAUUGGCUCUGAUAAGGCUAUUGCUGAUUUACCAUUCGGCCCUGGUAACUUAGCUUCCGGUGGUGUUGCCACCUAUGCUUUCUGGCGUUCCGCUUAUGUUUCUAGCUUGUUCUCUGCUCGUAACAAGUGGUUAGUUGUUACUGAUUGGACCAAGAAGACUUUCUGGGGUCGUGAUAUCUCCAGAGAGUAAACAUACUUUUUUCUGCAUUUUUUUAUUUUUUUAAUCCCCCACCACCGCCUUUAGAAACCUACCCUUUCAACCAGAUACAUGACAUAAACUUUAUAUUUUUUUUUUCAUUCA